AUGACUGCACUGGUGUAUUUGACGCCCUCUAACGGGCUAUUGCUCGCCGCAUCUGCUAUUGGUCUUACACUGGCUUACUAUGCCUCCAUCGUGGUCUACAACGUCUACUUCCACCCCCUCGCCGCCUUCCCCGGCCCGCGCCUCGCCGCCGCGACGCCGUGGUGGAUGAUGUCGUCCUACCUCGGCGGCCGGACCCCGCGCGAUCUGCUGGAGCUGCACAACCGGUACGGACCCGUCGUGCGGACCGCGCCCGAUGCGCUGUCGUACAUCGGCGCGCCGCAGUGGAAGGAAAUCUACGGGCACAAGGCGCCCGGCCAGCCCGAGUUCCCCAAGGACCGCAAGUACUUUGCGGGGCUCGAAGGUGAGCCCGUCAUCCUCAACGCGGACCGGGACCACCACGGCUACGUCAGGCGGCUGGUCGCCCACGGCUUCUCGGAGAAGGCCAUGAGGGAGCAGGAAGCCAUUCUGAAGGGGUACGUUGACGUGCUGUUUCGGAAAUUGGAGGAAGAGAGCGAGGGCGGGCAGAGGGCGGUGGACGUGUUGAAGUGGUUUAACCGCGAUGAUAUCAUCCUCUGCUUUGACAUGUGUGGCCUGACGUCUCAAACAGCCUUUGGUGAGUCGUUCGAAUGCCUCACCACGUCGACGCUCCACACCUGGAUCGAGAUCUUUUUCUCCUUGGCGAGGUUCAUGUCGUUCCAUCAGGUCAUCUCUCGCCUGCCCGGGCCCAUCCGGCUGCCCGCCACGCUGUGGACGAUGCCCAAAACCAUCGCCUCGGACGUCCAGACUCUAAAGCAGUUGCAGAGCGAAAAGGUGAAGCACCGCCUCCGGACCGAAGCCGCUGUGCCGGACUUUAUGGAGAAGCUUGUCUCGGCCUACAACGAUGGCAAGAUGUCAUACGGGCAACUCGAGGGUAACUCCCAGAUUCUCAUCGCCGCCGGGAGUGAGACCACAGCUACGCUGUUAUCAGGACUCACUUACCUGCUCCUCCAGAACCCUCGCGUCCUCACUAAACUCACGACGGAGAUCCGCACGACCUUCGCCCACCCCUCCGAAAUCACCUUCACCGGCGUCAACACGUGCAAGUACCUCCUCGCCUGCAUCGAGGAGGCCCUGCGCGUAUACCCCCCCUCGCCGCAGCCGCACCACCGCAUCGUGCCCGCGGGCGGCGCCACCGUCGCCGGCACGCACCUCCCAGCCGGCGUCUCCGUCAGCAUCCCCAUCUACGCGGCGUCCAACAGCCCCGCCAACUGGACGCUGCCGGAGGAGUUCGCGCCGGAGCGGUGGACGGGGGAGGACGCGCGGUUCGCGGACGACCGGCGGGAGGUGGCGCAGCCGUUCCAGUUCGGGCCGCGGAACUGCGUCGGGAGGAACCUAGCCUACACCGAGGUCAAGCUGAUCGUGGCGCGGCUGGUGUGGCAGUUCGACUUGGAGAACGCGACGGAGGCGGACUGGAUGGGGGCGCAGAAGGUGUACAUGGUCUGGGAGAAGACGCCGUUGUGGGUGAAGUUGCACCCCGUACCGAGGUGA